CCUUCACAGUUGUGGUUUAAUAUCCGUGCGCCUGUUUCACUUCCUAAAAGAAAGAAAUUAGCAGCUGAGAUGUGUGGGAUAAGGCUUCUUAUUUUCAUGAUGUCUUUGGCCCCCACCUAUCAACAAUUUCCUCGCCUGUGUGCAACUCAAGAAGCCCUGCAAACCAAGGAGUGCUGCCCAGCCUGGGACGGAGAUGGCUCAGCUUGUGGAGCAAGAUCAGGCAGGGGUUCCUGUGAAAAUGUAGAGAUCUCAGAGCAGCCUGAUGGACCGCAGUACCCCUUCUCAGGGCUGGAUGAUCGGGAAAAGUGGCCCUUGGUUUUCUACAACCGGACUUGUCGUUGUGCAGGAAACUUUAUGGGGUUCAACUGUGGGGACUGUAAGUUUGGCUACUUUGGGGAAAAUUGCAAUGAAAGAAGGGAGUCCCUGAGGAGGAACAUAUUCCACCUGACCAGAGCUGAGAGAAACAGACUCCUUUCCUACCUGAACCUUGCCAAGCAGACAGUCAGCAGAGACUAUGUUGUUGCAACAGGGACAUACAGAGAGAUGAAUAACGGCUCCAACCCAAUAUUUGAAGAUGUAUCUGUGUAUGAUGUGUUUGUCUGGAUGCAUUACUAUGUGUCCCGCAAUGCACUGUUAGGUGGGCCGAGGAAUGUAUGGACAGAUGUGGACUUUGCACACUGGGCCCCUGCUUUCCUACCAUGGCACCGUGUCUACUUACUUCACUGGGAGCAUGAAAUUAGGAAGUUGACUGGAGACACAAAUUUCUCCAUUCCUUACUGGGACUGGAGGGAUGCUCAGAGCUGUGAUGUGUGCACUGAUGAGCUGAUGGGCUCCCAGAGCCCUCAGGACCCCAAUCUAAUCAGCCCAAGGUCAAUCUUCUCCUCUUGGAAGGUGCUGUGCUCCCAGGCUGAGCAGUACAAUAUCCAGGGAGUUCUGUGCGAUGCUAAAAAUGAAGGUCCACUGCGCCGGAAUCCUGGAAACCAUAAUACAAAUCUAGUGGAAAGAUUACCAACUUCUGCAGAAGUGGAGUUCACUGUCAGUCUCCCCAAUUAUGACACAGGAGCAAUGGACCGCACUGCCAACAUGAGCUUCAGGAACACCCUGGAAGGUUUUGGGGACCCUCAGACUGGGUUGGGAGGCAGUUCCCGUUUGGGCAUGCAUGCUGCCCUACAUGUGUUUAUGAAUGGAUCGAUGUCGUCUGUGCAGGGCUCUGCAAAUGACCCCAUAUUUCUGCUUCAUCAUGCUUUUGUCGACAGUAUCUAUGAACAGUGGCUAAGGAGACACAGACCAUCUCCAUCUCAGUAUCCAGAGUCUAAUGCUCCCAUAGGGCACAAUGGUGAUUACCACAUGGCUCCAUUUAUUCCCCUGCACAGAAACAAAGAGUACUUUAUUUCCAGCAAAGACCUUGGAUAUGAGUACUCCUAUUUGUUGGAUGCCAAUCAAAGGCUUGCAGAAUCCAUGCGCCCAUACCUGGAUGAAUUGCAGAAUGUGUGGCCUUGGCUGGUGCUUGCUGGACUCUUUGGAGGGUUUGUGACUGUGUCCAUUGGAGCUGUUUUCCUAAUCGCUAAACGUCGAUACAAAGCCUGGCCCCAUAGGAAGAACUGGAAAAAUGCCUUUGCCCUGCCAGAGAAGCAGCCACUUAUCUGGAGCAAUGAAUCAGAAACUAACCGCAAUAACUACCAAACAACUAUGUGAUCAUUUGAAAAUAUAUGAGACAAUCAUCUGUUUGUAAAGGUGCAUCUUAAGUAUUUAAAUAUGUAUUGCAUGUAACACACUUUUAAAAGGUAUUUAAUCUUAGUGAAUUUUGUCUUAUUCUUCCUAAACAUCACCUUUGAUUACUUUUCUCUCUCUACAGAAAAUUUCCCCAAUUUCUUUUAUCAUUUUAUAUUUUAAUUCACUUUUAAUUUAGUUUCAGCCCAGAAAACUAAGUGAUGCACUCCAGUUCUUGAAA